AUGGAUUCUAUUACAGAAUGGUCAGCCUUCAGCAGGGCCCAAAUUGAUGACGUUAUCCAAAGCGGCCUGCAGGACUCUCUUAGUGACACAAUCAAUUCCUACCUCAAGUCGAUCACAUUCCAGUACAUGUUUCAAGGACGGUCAGAAGAAUCUUUGGCUGGCCUAAUCUGUGAUGCCUGGUAUACGCUUAUUCAAGCAGGCAAGAACAUUACCACACAUGAAUUUCGUCAAGAUAUCAUUGUACGUGACCUUGUGGCUAUGAGAGCUCUCGGGUCCAUGCAAGAUUCGGUGCAAAGCAUCAGCCACGCGCAGGGAAUUAUUACCUUCUCUGACGGUUAUACGCUCUGGUCCGGCCUGCCUCUCCUCUCCAUGACUUUGACCGAGGAGUUUACCGAGCGAUACUAUCAGAAGGACCACUACAGUCCAGACCAGCGAGAGAAUAUGGCAGGUCUCCUUGCACGGCUUCUGGCUGCUGGUUUCUAUGAUGGUCCUGCUCUGUGUGCACUGUCACUGUUCCGGGAGACCUUGGAGACCCAUCGACCGUUGGUCAAGGCAGAUAUCAAGGAAGCCUCCGAUUCACUCUUGCCACUGGAGGAUCUGCUAGAAGCUCUUACAGACUUGCUUCAAAACUCGGGAUACAGUCUUGCCAUCUUGAGCGCCAGUACUACUAGCAAAAUCAAGACUAAGCAUGCAGAUCACCCUCACUUAUCUGGCCUCGGCGAGCUAGCACUGCAACAUGAUAGCAUCACUGAUUUAUCCCCCACUGGUUACAGCCCUCAGAGAUGGAGCUUCUGGGCAGAGCGGCUGAGGGAACUGAAAAGGUGCGGCGUUGAGAGCAUAGAGCGCAGAGCGAACUUUUGUCUGGGUUACAUGCAUUGCACAGGCGAUCAGACCAAGCUCCUCCCAGAGGUGAUUUGUCAAAACUCAUCCGGCUUUUGGGAGGAAUAG